AUGGAGAGGCCAUUGCGGUUAACGGUUGAUCCCAUCUCGGAACUUGUCGAAUUACCCUCACCACCUUUAUCUAAAGAAAUCGAGGUCAUGAAUCCGAAUAGAAAUAGAUUCUCAGCAGCCCUGAGUUGUUAUCCCAUCGCCAAGGAGAUUGCUCGAGCUAUCGACCUGACCACUCUCCAUGCCCUCUCGAGUACAUGUCGUCAGUUUCACGCCAAUUUGGCACCCUACCGCUACCAAUUGGCGAGAGAAACUCUCCGGUGCGAAAAUGAGGUCGUCAGAAACCGAACAGAGCCGCUGGAUGAUGGCGCUUGCCGCAAAAAGGCACGGAAUUGCGUGCGCGAUGUAGUGGGUGAAUGUCGCUUCUGUGCCAAGGUUAUUUGCAAAGUAAGCAUGCCCAUCUCAAUGCCGGUUUCUGUUCUAACACCACUACAGAACUGUGUAAAAGAUCCCACAUUUUACAACCUCAUAUUUCGUAUCCGUCGCCUCUGUCAACAUUGCGGUACAGCGCCCCUUUCAUCGCACUUGGCCGAAUCGCCAGAUUCAACCCCGUGGGAUAAGGGAAGUGUUGCGGCUAUAGCCUUCGCUCGUACAACUUGUAACUGCGAAGACGACCCGUGGGUAUGCAAAAGCAAGCCGUGCAAUUUCAUACGACAACGUCAUGACGGCAAUUACCGAAGGGUUUGGGAAUGGCACGCACGGCAUGGAGAGUCUACUAAUCUCAGAGACUGUAAGUGGGCUGUGAAGUGUGGGCGAAAUGAGAGCUGUCUUGCUGCGCAGGAGAUCGAGAUUGAACAUGGCAGCGAGGCUGAGGAGGAAUUUGUUUGCGAUAGUGUUAAGCAGAAGUCUAAGAGGAGGCUUAAAGUUGGGGCCGAUGUUGUUGAGUAUGACGAUGAAAAAAAGAUGAGGAAGUUGUAUCUUUCCCGCGAGCGGUAUGGAUUGAAUAUGGCUUGGUGUGCGUGGUGUUCAAAUGUUAUUCCGGUGAAGAGUGAGACCUCUUGA